AGCAUCAGUCCAUAGCAGAUCACAGGAGCUCUAACAAGCACCCACAGGCUCGCAAACAAUGGCUUUCGCUCAGAUCGUCGCUGUGGUGUGUGUUGCCGUAGCCGUGGCUGAAGCUGGUGUCAUCGCCGGCUACGGUGGCUACGGUGGCUAUGGAGUUGCUGGGCUCGGCCAUGCCGGUUUGGGAUACGGUGUCGCUCCGGUGGCAGCCCUGGCCCCCGCUGUAGCCGCUCCUCACGGUUUGGCCGUAGCUGCUGCUGCUCCUCAUGCAGCUGUGGACUACUACUCUUACCCCAAAUACUCAUACAAUUAUGGAGUGGCCGACGCCUUGACCGGUGACGUCAAGUCUCAGGCCGAACACCGUGACGGAGACCUCGUCAAGGGUCAGUACAGCCUCGUGGAGCCUGACGGCACUCUCCGUGUCGUGGACUACACCGCUGAUGCCAUUAACGGUUUCAACGCCGUUGUUUCCAAGCAUGGCCACGCCGUGCACCCAGCUCCGCUUGUGGGCCAUCUCGGCUACGGACACGGCAAGUAGGCAGGUCACGUGACACUCAGCCAUUACAUUGACGACCUCAGCGCACCUAACAAAACAUACCCACUCUCGCUUCUAUAACAACGGAUCUAGAAUUCAUCAUAACUUUAUUAUAUAUUAUUUUCAUAAUUUAAAUAUUCUGUAUAGUGCAACACUUUG